GCGCGUGUACCGAGCCAUUGCGUCCACUCUGCGUGUAUCAGUGACCCGAGUGUGUGGACCUGUUUCAGAGAACCCGAACUGUGUGUGUGUGUGUGUGUGUAACAGAGUAAAGUCCGGCACUGCACUGGGGAAGGGGUGAAGAAACUUUACAACACGAGUUCCUAUUGGUUGAUCACACUCACGUGACCUCGCUGGCUGUUUCCGGGUUGUGUGUUUGCGGAACCAUGCGCUCUGUGUUGGGAUUAGGAGGUGUUCUCCUCGUUUCUACUCUUUAUAUCUACUGUCUGUCCUCCCACCUUCCCCCUGUACCGAGGAUCAUCAAACAGAACCGGAUGGAGACGCGGGAAGAACCCGUGGAGGAACCGCCUGGUGACAGCGAGAUGAUCAGGUUAAAGUUCCCAUCUGAUCUGCAGGAGUUAAAGGAGAUGGCUGGGUUGCUACGAUUCUAUAAUUUGGAACACAUGUCCUCACUACUGAACAUCCUGGCGGGGGCGCUGUUUGGACCCUGGCUGGGUCUGGUCCUGUGCUGUGUUCUCACCACUAUAGGAGCCUCCAUGUGUUUCCUGCUCUCUCACUUCUUUGGAAAGCAACACAUCAUCCGCAUGUUCCCCAACCGAGUCGCUCAGCUACAGAGGAAGGUGGAGGAGAACCGGAGCAGCUUGUUUUUCUUCCUGCUGUUCCUGCGUUUGUUUCCCAUGAGUCCAAACUGGUUCCUCAACAUGAGUUCUCCAAUCUUCAACAUCCCGCUCGCACAUUUCUCUCUCUCCGUUCUCAUCGGGCUGAUACCAUAUAACCUGGUGUGUGUACAGACGGGCGUGGUCCUGUAUGAUCUGUCAUCGCUUGACAAUGUGUUGUCAUGGAGUAUGGUGCUGAAGUUGCUGCUCAUCGCCUGUGCUGCCCUGCUGCCCUCCGCCCUGCUCUGUCGCUACGGAAACACACACAGAGAACACAAAGAUCGCUGAUGUACACUACAUACAGACACACACAGUUUACAUUUGACCUUUAAUACUUGUGUGUGUGUGUGUGUGUGUGUGUGUGUGUGUGUGUGUGUGUAUGUGUAAGACGAGCUGUAUUACAUCAUAAUUGUGUUGUAUGUGUUUUUUAUGUCAUGUGAUCACCUCAUGAUGAGUGAACCAAUAGAAGCACUCCUGUUUAA